UCCUAUUCUCUUCCGCGGUGCCUUUUAUCAUUCUUCCUUGGGAUUCCAGGAAACGAAAGAACAACUUUCAAGUUUGGUUGUCGACUCUGGAGCAAUUUCAAGAGUCCAGAUGGAGAUAUAAUUGAUUGCGUUCUUAUUCAUAACCAACCGGCUUUUGAUCAUCCUUUACUCAAGAACCAUACAAUUCAGAUGAGACCGAGUUCUUUCCCAAAGGAGGAUACGAUCUUCCGGAGGGAGUCGAAGGGAGGAUCCUUUAAACAAGUAUGGCACUCGAAGGGAAGUUGUCCAGAAGGUACAAUUCCUAUCAAAAGAGUAACCGAAGAAGAGAUACUGAAAGCAAGCUCUAUCCAAAGAUUCGGAAUGAAGGAGCCUGGCACCUUCCCUCCAUCGUCAAGUCCUGGAGUAGUAGGCAACAAUCCAGAUGAAGAUGAUAAACAUGAGUAUGCAAUGGCUCGUGUGCAAGGCGGCAAGUAUUAUGGUGCUAAGUCAACUAUGAACGUUUGGAAACCUUUUGUUCAAUAUCCCUUUGAAUUCAGCUUAGCCGAAAUGUGGCUAAUGGCAGGUCCUCGUGCUGAACUCAAUUCGGUUGAAGUUGGUUGGCAUGUCUACCCAUUUAUCAAUAAAGAUCACCAACCACGGCUAUUUGUUUAUUGGACUAGAGAUGGAUAUUUAUCUACGGGUUGCUACAAUCUGAAAUGCCCUGGAUUUGUCCAAACCAAUAAGCACAUAACCUUGGGUACAAGUAUAUUGGAACCUAUAUCCACCUAUGGAGGAAAACAAUUUGACGUCACUGCUCAUAUUUGGAAGGAACCCGAAGACGGCAACUGGUGGUUGAGUAUUAAUGAGGAUGACAAUUUUUUGGGAUACUGGCCGGCGUCACUCUUCACCCACUUGAAGGAUAGUGCUUCAUGUGUUAACUGGGGAGGAGAGAUCUUGGACGUGAAGGUAAACGGGACACACACCAUAACAGAUAUGGGGAGUGGGCACUUCGCAGAAAAAGGUUAUCGCAAAGCCAGUUAUUUUAAGAAUAUUCAAGUCGCUGAUGAAACUAACACUCUACUGACUCCUCAAGGAACCAUCGCCACAGCUACCCAUGAAUCCUGCUACAACAUCAAACUUUAUGAAGGGAGUCCAAAUUGGGGCACCUCUUUUUACUAUGGCGGUCCUGGUCUAAAUCCUAAUUGCCCAUGAUCCAUUUUUUGCUUAAAAAAAUUGAUCUAUAGAUUAAUGAUCACUUCUC